CUCGGACGGCCAUGUCCGAACGCCGGACGACCGCAUGCAGGCGCUUGCUCGCUUGCUUGCGCGAUCCGUGAUAUUGGAUCGAUGACCUGUAUCUGAUGGCCCAUCUCACACGAGACGAGUCUUGUUGCCUCGCACCAUUCACUGCAACCCCGUCGAGCCUCAUGCUACGAUAUAAAGUUUUCGACAUUGGCGUCUCUCUGAGGCCCCGAGGCUCUGCUGCGAGGCACGUCGUCGUCUCGCGAGCAGCCGUUCGGGAUGGCCAUCGCAGAGGAGCGAGGCUGCCGCCUUGCCUCCGCCGCCGGGACAGCGUCAACGGAUAGCGCCUCGAAGGAGACGGCGCCGUCGUCAAAUGCCCUGCUGGCCUCCAGAGUCGUCCCCUUUCUUUCUUUCGACCAUGGGGGCAGCGGCGUGGCCAAGUCUGAAGCCGAGGGCAUCCCGCCGCCCAUGUCCAAGGCACGCCGUAUCGCCCUCGUGGCCACACUGACUGGCGCGGCCUUUUUGAAUACUCUAUCGAGCCAGAGCGUCGUCAUCAUUCUGCCCAGCAUCGGAAAGUCUCUCGACAUCCCCGAGAACCGCCAGCAGUGGAUCGUCUCGUCGUACUCUCUAGCCUUUGGCUGCUUCCUCCUGCUCUGGGGUCGCGUUGCCGACAUCCACGGCAAGCGCCUCGUCUUCAUCCUCGGCUCCGCUUGGGUCACCGUCGUCACGGCGGUCAAUGCAUUUAUACCCAACGAGAUUGCAUUCAGCCUGUUCCGUGCGCUUCACGGCCUGGGUGCGGCCGCCAACGUCCCAACCGCAAUUGGCAUCCUCGGCGUUGUGUUCUCGCCGGGCAAGGCCAAAAAUUAUGCCUUUAGCUGCUACGCUGCUGGCUCACCCUUGGGCAACGUCUUCGGCAAUAUCUUCUCUGGCCUCAUCACGCAGUACUCGAACUGGAAAUGGGUCUUUGGGGUCUCCGCCAUCAUGGCAGGGACUACAGCCGUUGCCGGCCUCGUUUUCAUCCCCCAAAGUCCCUCACCUAGGAGUCUUCGGGAUCAGAACAGCAUCGGACCGGCUCCCAUCGGUGCCAAACCAUCUAUCGACUGGCUAGGCACCUUUCUCAUCACCGCCGGACUCCUGGCUCUCAUGUACGCCCUCACCGAGGGCAACGUCGUCGGUUGGGCAGUGCCAUGGGUCCCUGUCGUCAUCGUGGUCUCUCUUGGCACCAUAGUCUUAUUUGGCGUCUGGCAGCGAUAUCUUGAGCGUCGACAAAGUCUAGAUGGGAGCGCCUUGCCGCCUCUUGUCAAAGUCUCCGUCUUCUCCAACGCUCGCUUCACUGCCGCCAUGGUCGCCACGGGUCUCUUCUUCGCCUCGUUCAACACCUUUAUCAUCUUCGCUACAUACCACUUCCAGAACUACGAAGCGCUGUCUCCGUUGCAGACCGCGCUGCGAUUCGUCCCCCUGGGCGUCGGCGGCGCCUUCGCCAACCUCAUCGUCGCCCAGCUGCUCCACCGCGUGCCUGCCCUCUUUCUCCUGCUCUGCGGCACAAUCGCCGCCUCGUCUUCGUCCCUGCUCUUCGCCGUGCCCAUCCCUCCUGGGACCUCGUACUUCUCCUAUGGCCUCCCCGCGAUGCUUCUCUCCUCCGUCAGCGCCGACACCGUGUGGCCGUGCCUCACCCUCUUCACCUCGCAGACGCUGCCGCGGGAAGACCAGGCCAUCGGCGGCGCCCUCAUCAAUGCCGUCGGUCAGCUCGGCCGCGCCCUCGGGCUGGCCAUCAGCACCGCCGUCCAGACCGCCGUCAUGGCGCGCGCCCGUCACGUCCCGGUCAAGGACGCUGGUGGCAUGGAGGCCCGGGAGCCCACUACCCUCAGCGGUCUCCGCGCCGGCAGCUACAUGACCUUCGCCCUUGGGAUUGCCUCUGUCGUCGUGGUGGCCGUGUCGUUCCGGAACAUGGGCAUCAUUGGCAAGGCCCAGUCUACGCCGGCGCGUCAGGCGAGUGGUCACGACAUCCGAGACGUUGAGCAUGCUCAAGCGACGACGUCGUAAAAGACGUCGGCUUUCAAGCAGCGUUUUGCAUAUCUGCGGAAUGAGCUCACGACAUAUGCAUGGCGCGCAGGAUGGAAUGGAAUGCAUCUCUUGUGUCAUCAUUGUAGCCGGCCUGUCUCUCCGCCAUGGCCUGAAUUUACAAGGCAACAAACAGUCUAGUCUAUCCAAGUCUAACAAGCUCGCAGCCCGACUAAAGUCGUGUUCUUGUGGGGGGUAUCAUCGAACGCACAAAUGAAGGACAAGAAACGCCCAGCCAGAGGUUAUCACCACUGCCCUGGGCGAUCAGGCGCGCACCGCCACGUCGUCUUCCUCUUCUUCACACUCCGACUCCUCGUCCUUGCCCGCACUCUCCUCCGCCGUCUCCUCAUCCCGAGCAAGGAGCCUGAGCCGCGCCCGCAUGGCAGGGUCCUGCUCCAUCUCCUGCCAAAGCUCGAGGUCCCACUCCUCAACGUUAUCACUGAGCCGGUGCUUUCGCCACGGCGGCCACUGCCAGAGGCCGGCAACGAGCAGGCCCCGCUUGGCGGCCUUGCCGCACAGCUCCAUGAGCCCCAUGAAGCCCAGCACGAUGAAGACCGUCGCCCACCAUAGCGCGUCGGCCCCGAAGCCGUUCCUGAAAGUAUGGCGGAUCGAGUACGGCCCGGACGACGCGCCGAACACGCCGUCGAGAAAGGCGACCCAGGCA